AUGAGCAAAGAGCUGGAGCAUCUCAUCCCCAUAGAUUUCAAAAACAUGGUUCAAGUUCCCGAUUCCCACACCUGGCUCGACUCCCCCUGCAUCAACAACUCUUGUUCAAUCGACGAAUCUGUUCCCUUGAUCGAUCUUGAGGACCCACAAGCUCUCGAGAAGAUAAAAAAGGCUUGUGAAAAUUGGGGUGUUUUUCAGGUGACCAACCACGGCAUUCCAAUGGAGCUUCUUGCCCAAAUUGAGCAUCAGGCUCGUCGCUUCUUUGAUUUGACGAGGGAGGAGAAGCUCCUCACUCUGCGCUCGCCGGACAGCCUCAACGGCUACGGCAUCAUCCACGUUUCACCCAAUUUUAACACUCUCAUGUGGAUGGAAGGUUUCACCCUGUCCGGAUCGCCGUUGGAGCUUGCACGCCGGGUUUGGCCCAAAGAUUACACCCCUUUCUGCACUGUGACGAAGGAUUACCAAGAGCAAAUGAGGGGCCUGGCUGAAAAGAUAACUUUUUUAAUAUUUAAAUCAUUGGGCCUAUCUCGUGAAGAUGUGGAAUGGUUUGAGCCCAAAAGCACGGAAGCAUACCUACAUUUCAACUCGUACCCGAAUUGCCCAGACCCAACCCGUGCAUUGGGCAUGGUCCCACACACAGACUCAUCUCUUAUAUCCUUACUAUACCAAAGCAACAACAGUAGAGCCCUCCAAGUGUAUGGGCCCAAUCUCAAAUGGGUCCACGUGGAGCCCAUUUCCAAUGCAAUCAUCGUCAAUGUCGCCGACCUGUUGCACAUAUACUCUAAUGGACAGUACAAAAGCGUAUUACAUCGGGCCAUUGUGAGCGAGGCCCAUCACCGCAUCUCCGUUGUCUAUUUCUUUGGCCCGAAAAGUGAUGUCAAUAUUUCAUCGCCACUUAAAUUGAUCAAGGACGGUGAUUUUCCCAUGUAUCGCCCCAUAACAUGGAAAGAAUACCGUAAGAUUAAGGUUAAGCACUUUGACAAGGCCUUGGAGGUGGUUCGUUUCAAUUCAGUCGUCGUUGAAAAUGCCAAUGCCCUAACCAGUGGUGAUGAGGCACCACUUGAUGGAGUUGAUGGUGGCAAAGUGGAAGCUUUAGAAGCGUAGACAUUAGUGUAUGUAUUAAGAAAUAAAAUGCACAAUUACUGUCAUUAUGAUGAAUUAGAGCGGAUUUGUUAUG